CAACUAUCACGUUGCUCAGCAGCAGCAGCAGUGCUCAGCCUCCGGCGCUGUCGAGGUUCUAUCUGGCCCAACUACAGCGACGCUGUAUCCUUCCCAAAUACCUUUAUAACUGGUUACGGGACGUGAUCAUUUAACGAAGCUACUGCCGCUCUUCACCAACAUGCAGGAUCCAGAGAGUCCACCACCAAACGUCCCGUAUCAGGCUUACAGGUCGAAAAGGCACUCGCGCAAUGUCUCGAACUCGCGGCUCACGCCCAAUGCUUCACCUCCACCGUCAUUAUCCAGGCCGACGAGCAUCAUUGGCCCACCAGCACAGUUGAAUUACGAUUCGUGGGAGAAGGAUUCCGUGGCAACGUUCGCCUUAAAGGCACAGACGCCGUCAACGGAGCCAAUUGUUGUGCUGGAACCUACUGCGCCUGAGACGAUUAAUGGCCUUCCAAGUCCGCCCGACUCUCCGAAUACCAGUGAACCUCCGGAGCCGCCAAAAGAAAACGGGGCGGUGCCAUUGAUGGUCGAGCCGACGACGACGACACACGAACACCAUUUAGAUCACCAUGAGACACCUCCAACGGCCCCUUCAUCACCUACCGCAUCAUCUUCCGGUAGUCCAUCGCAAGUCAGCCAGCCUUUGCCGCGCGCUAACAAUGUACGCAAAGCUUCCACGUUUCGCUAUGUCCCCAGAACAUCCCGGACACUCAAGACACCUUCUCUUCUGGGUCCUCAACAUUCUCGCACGGGUUCCGCCACCGCCGCCGUACCCAGUAAUCUUCGGCACAGUAUGCCUCCGACAGAUAAUGCAUAUUCUGCAAGCCGGUCCAGUCCUCUCCUCUCCCCAGACUCUUCGAGCCGGAUAACACCCUCACCAGCACCCUUACCUCUGCCCAAGGACAACAAGCCAACUUCAGAUACCAAAUUGACGACUAUUACUAACGGCACCAUUAAUGGAAGCGGAAGCACAUUUGUACCAUCUCAUGCAUCACCAUCAUUAUCCCCUUCACCUCAAGCAGUUACGCCACCAACACGAACGAUCUCUCUACAUCCAUCUCCAUCCGUUUCACCCGCUCCUAGACCCCCUUCCUCUGGAUCAGUUCGUCCUACACCUUCUAGAUCAUCCACGUCCACACCUCCCCCCGCGACACCCAUAAUACGAUCAGACGCCCCAUACCGACCAGGUUUCCAACCGAGAGGUGUUUACCGACCCCGAACAGAUGAAUUUCUUGCCCUCCGAAAAAUCUCACGAGAUGGCGUGGAGGAAUCAGGCAUGCAGAAACGGAUGGAACGCACCAAAUUGGAAAGAAGGCUCGAGAAGUUGAUCGCGCUUCACUUCCCAGUGGGAGGCCGUUCUGUUGCUGGUGAUGAGAAACAUCUUCGACCGGGAGGGAAUCGUCGGGCGUCAUCGUUAUUUGACCUGGAAUUUGGCGAUUUGAAACGGAUGAGUUUAUCAGAUGCCACCGGACUGUGGAAGGGUGUAUUGUCAUCUGGAGGAGGCCAACAUGAUGUACGAGCGGCUGAACAGCGAAUAACACCAUGGGAAGAUGACGCUGCCGUUAGCAAAUGCCCUCUAUGCCGUGCAUCCUUCCAUCCCCUCACAAAUCGGAAACACCACUGUCGACUCUGUGGUAAGAUUAUAUGUUCUCUGCCUGUGAGGCAUCCACAGCGACCUGUCCAGUGUUCAACAUUAUUCGUUGUUGACCCAAAGUCUCGGAAAAUUGAAGAGGUCGGCGAAGGUGUGGACUACGGCGUUAAGAAGAGGCGAGUGGGGAGCAUAAGCGGUCCUGGAGGUGCAGGAAAACGGCCAGUCGAAGAACCGGAGGACGACUCGGAGAAAUUCUUGAAGGGCGUUAGGAUAUGCCAGGAUUGCCGGCCUAUAUUGCUACGACAGCAGUAUCAGCAGGAAAUGAGUGCCGUUCCAACGUUUGCGAAACUGUACCAAGUCCUUCUAGAACUUGAGAAGGAGCUCGAAGACUGCUUGCCUCAGUUUCAAGAACUCAUUGUUAGCCUCAAUCAAGAUGAGCAUCCGACGAAGGAGGCCACCGCAGCACGCAAACGUUUACUCGAUAUCUUUGCGCAGUAUGAUGCUGUUGCGAAACGAAUACGGAAGCUUCCUUGUACCCCGGGAAGCUCUCAAGAUCGUGUUCAGAUGGCUGUCACAACACGGGCGAACAUAUUCCUACAGAAGCAUAUGUUCCCACUUCAAUCACUACCAAAGGCGAAACCUAAACACAAGAAGUCUGCAAGUACAGUGGAGGAAGCCCCAAUCAUUGAUCCUGAUUCGGAGGUUGCCCAUGCGCUUCAACCUUUACUGGAGCAAGAAGCUCUCUUAGAGUCAUUCGUGGAGGAGGCCAACGCGCAUCGGAAGUUUGAGGACGCGAAAGCGCUGAGAAUAAGUCUCGGUGAGAUUCGCGCGGAGAUCGAGCGGAUAUUAGCGAAUGCGGAGAAUGGCGCAGUGAAGGGGAAGGGGAAGAAACGCAGCUGACGGGAACCAAAGCCCGAGCCCUGAUGGAGAUCUCUGGAAGAAAUUUAUGUCUGCUUUCGAAUGCUAAGUUAUCAACCAACGGA